AUGAAGCAAACAAAAGGGAAAGGAGGCACAAGAGCUGUGGCCCCAGCUGGCCCUUUCUGGGAGGAACGGGGCUCCCCACAGCAGGGCUGGGGAAGGCGGGGGAAAGGCUGUGCUGCUGCGCUGAUGUGGCCUCUCCUGCUUUAUCAUUUCAGAAAAUUUGAAUUUAACCCCAAAGAUGGGAUCGACAACCCUGCCUUGUCGCUGACUGAGGACAUGGAUGGCGAGGGCACGGGGGAGCCCCGCUUCUACCUCCUGAGCAAGAGCAGCACGGAGACCUUCGGCUUCUGCCUCCACGAGGAGCUGGGCUGCCGGGGCCAUGUCAUCCAGCAGGUCAAGCUGGGGGGGCUGGCCCAGCGCAGGGGGCUGCAGGAUGGGGACCGGCUCCUCCAAGUCAAUGGCCAUUUUGUGGACGACAUGGACCACCGCAGGGUGGUGCAGAAGAUCAAGGCCAGUGGGAACCAGGUCCUACUGGCAGUGCUGGACGGUGACUCCUACGAAGCAGCCAAAGCUCUGGGCAGGGACCUGUCCCAGAUGCUGCCGGCCGCCCUCCUCCCGCUCCUCUGCCACAUCACACGGGACAAAAGUGGGUUUGGCUUCAGCGUGUCAGGUCCAGAAGGCGUGAAGGGCACCUUCCAGCUCUCUGUGAGGCAGGGUGGGCCAGCGGAGAGAGCAGGGGUGCCACCAGGCUCCUGGCUCCUGGAGCUGAACGGGGCCAGCGUGAAGAGCUAUUCACACGCGCAGCUCACCAGGAAGGUGGGUGCUCCCAGUACGGGUGAGUGGGGAGCUGGGGUUGGCAGUGUCGCUGAGCACCCUGUGUUUCCUGUCCAGAUUAAGCAGAGCGGCAGCAAGGUGACGCUGCUGGUGGCAUCCAGUGCCGUGGAGGAGUUUUACCGCCUGCGGGGUCUGUGUGUCACAGCCGCCUUGGCAGACACCUCCUGGCUCCCCUUCAAGGUCCGGGAGCUGCACAUGGUGAAGGGUCCAGCUGGCUAUGGGUUUCUGCUCAAGGAGGAUGACUGCAGCUCAGGGGCCACAGGCCAGUUUCUGUGGGACGUGGAUGCAGGGCUGCCAGCCGAGCAGGCAGGGAUGAAGGAGGGGGACCGUCUCCUGGCUGUGAAUGGUGAGAGCAUCGAGGGGCUGGACCACCAGCAGACGGUACUCAGGAUCCGUGCCCGUGAUGACGAGGUGACACUGCUGGUCAUUGACCCUGCUGGCGAUGAAUUCUACCAGUCGAUUGGGCUGUCCCCUCUGCUGUCCUUUGAGGACAGUGACCCUGCCUUGGGCUCCCGCACGCCCUCCCUGCCCUCUCCCAGUGGCUCCCCUGGACUCUGUCAUGUUGAGGUGGAACCAAAGGGACCUGGCUCCUGGCUGGUGGCUGCUGCCAACAGUAUAGGAAUCGCACAGCCCACGCCAGGAGGAGCAGAGGAGGCUGCACCAGGCAUUCUAGCAGCCCAGGGCACCCUGCCUCUGGCCAGGCUGCCCCACAUGGUGCCUCGACCCAGGCCACAUCCAGCCCAUCGGUGCCCCCCGCCCGGCUCCCUGGAGAGCACAGCACUGCUCAGCAUGGCCGUUGCACGCACAUCUGCUGUGGAGCUUGCAGCGUCACACCUCCCAGAGAUUCAUCUCCACUGAGCGAGGCUGGCUCCAAGCUUUCAUUAA